CCCAGACCAGCUCAAGAGUUACAAGGAAGUUAUUGGAAAGACCCUGUCAGACUAUGAGCUAAUAGAAGAGCUUCGCUACUCUCUUUCAAAUGAGAAUGUUGAUAAAAAGUGGACAGCUAUUAGAUGGCCUCAAAAGAUAAUAAGCCAGAUGGAAGCAGCGGCCGCCCAGCAUUUGGAGGAUGAAGAGCGCUUCAAUAAGAUUCAGCUGGCCGACCAGAACAACUUCGAGGACCACCUCGACUCGCUAAAGAUGCUGGUUGCUGGGUUUGCGUGUCAUGAUGACAUCAAUCAUGCCCAUGAGGUGGCCAACGAAGUGAGGCGUACAACCAAGCAACUGAAGGAGUGUCAGACAAUGGCUCAAACCUACAACACCAGAGAGCGUCUGUUUGGUAUUCCUGUCACUAAUUACGAUCGGCUGCAGAAGCUGGUGAAGGACUUCCAGCCUUUUACGGACCUGUGGACCACCACCUCUGAUUGGAUGCGUUGGCACGAGAGCUGGCUCAAUGACCCGCUGUCUUCCAUAGACUCCGAGCAGCUGGAGCGCAAUGUUACAGAUGUCCACAAGACCAUGAACAAAUGUGUGAAACACUUCAAGGACAUUCCUGGCUGCCAGAUGGUUGCAUCGGCGAUCUGCAUGAAGAUCGUGGACUUCCAGCCGUACAUUCCUCUGAUUCAGGGCCUGAGGAACCCGGGGAUGAAGAACCGCCACUGGGAGAUUCUUUCAGACCGCAUUCAGAUGAAGGUCAAGCCCAAAGCCAACCUCACCCUUUCUCGAUGCCUGGAGCUGGGCCUACAGAACCACAUAGAGGACAUAGCUCAUGUGGGCGAGGUGGCAGGGAAAGAGUACACCAUUGAACAGGCCCUGGACAAGAUGGAAAACGAGUGGUCGACAAUAUUCUUUGACGUGUUGCCCUACAAGGAUACAGGCACCUACAUCCUGAAGAGCCCAGAUGAAGUCUCACAGCUGCUGGACGACCACAAUGUCAUGACGCAGAGCAUGUCCUUCUCUCCCUUCAAAAAGUCCUUUGAGGCCCGUAUCAACACCUGGGAGGGCAAAAUCAGAAUGACUCAGGACGUGCUGGAGGAGUGGUUGACAUGCCAACGCUCCUGGCUUUACUUAGAGCCCAUCUUCAGCUCGGAUGAUAUCACCCAGCAGCUGCCUGUGGAAGGAAAGAGAUACCAGCAAAUGGAUCAAACGUGGAAAGCAGUCAUGAAAAGUGCCUUUAAAAAUCCAAAGGUGAUUGAGGUGUGCCCAGAUUCUAGGCUACUUGAAAAACUGAAAAAGUGCAACGAACUGCUGGAACAGGUCCAGAAGGGUCUUAGUGAAUACUUGGAAACAAAAAGAGGCUCCUUCCCCAGGUAA